AUGUAUAAAGUAGACUCGCUAAUGAUGUUGCUGUGUUUUCACUAUGGCAUUCUUUUUGGAUAUCGUUUUAGUUCUCCAUCAGAGGACACUAAUGGCAAAUGGCCAUCUCUAGUGGAGUCACUUGAAAUAGAGCGCAGACGAAACGCGACGCUGACAAAGAAACUAAGAAAGGAAAAAGCAAAAAACAAGAAAUUAAUUUCUACAAAUGCUGCAUUAUCUCCAGGGCCGUCACGUUUUCAAUCGACAAUGAGGGAAAACCGCCAAGAAGGUAUUCGAUUAGGUGGAAAUGAUUCGCUUUCGGCCACUAUGACCAACUUGUCAUUCGCGUCACUGAACAUAGCAAAGUGUAAACCAACUGACGGCGAAGACGAAAUAGACAGGAGAUCGUUUGGAAACUGGAGAGAUUUGUUGGAAGCGUCGAUGAAGUUAGUGGGGGCGAUGGAUGAAGAAUCGAAGAUGAGCAUCUUCAGGAUUAAAGCGGGGACGAACCUUCUUGACAUUUUGGAAGCAACCGUGUCUUCACCCAACAACCCAAGUGCAGAGGUUGCCCCAUAUUCGAACGCUAUCCAAAGAUUGGUGGAUCAUUUCGGAUCACGGGACUAUUGUUUGCUUCAGCGCCAGAAACGCCGUUCUCUGACCCAAAGCGCUAACGAAUCGCAUUUCAAAUACGUGCAACGCGUUAUUAACUCUGCAAAACUGUGCAAUUUCGCUGGAGAUCAGUUUUGA